AUGUCUCCAAAGCAUUUGCUAGUGUUAUUUCUUGGAGUAGUGGUGGUUCUCACUGCUAUUACUUCCACUUUUGCUGAUACUAAUCCUCAACCAGAUCAAAAGCCUUCCAAAAAGCCACCAAUUUACAAAAAACCUCCUGCUUUGGAGGAAGAGUCAGAGGUACAACCAUUGGAUGGAAAACCACCAAAGGCAAAGCCAAAGCCACCUCCAAAACACAAACCACCAAGUCCAUUUGUUCAUGUGGAGGACCAAUUCUCAGAAGAACAAAGACCCUUUGGCAAACCACCAAAGGGAAAAGGAGGGAAACCUCCACAUGUAGCUGAGGAGGCUGAUGAAGAUGGUCACAAACCACCUCACAAGCCACCAUACAAGCCACCCCACAAACCCCCAUCUACCGACUAA